AUGGUUGCAAUUCGGCCACCCAUUCCACCUACUCCUCUAGAGGAAAAUGAGAUUGGUAGAGAAUACAAGAGUGAGAAAGAUGUGGAUGAAAUAACCUUAAAAUUGAAUAUUUACCUUAUUAUCGAGAACUUGACAUUGGUUGAAGACACCCAAGAGGAUGAAACUCAAAAGGUGGUUAAUGUUGAGGAUGGAAAUAUUGCCCAACCCAAAGCAACCAUCAUAGGAUGGAAUGACCUACAAUCAUGGUAG